AUGGUCAACAUACUGAGACUUUUUCUGAUCCUCCUUUGGACAACGAACAUGGUUCACCCAAACAUACUUCAAGUUGAAGGAGUUCAGGUUUUCCCACCUACUAAUUUCACCCUUACGGUCUCUGCAUUAGCAGAAGUCUUUUUACACUGGAAACCAAAUCCUAAUCAAGAACAAAAAAACUAUACUAUUAGAUAUGACGUGGAAAUCAUAGCUCCUGCAUCUGAAAAGUAUGAUACAAAGAAGACUCACAGUUUCCGAACAGCUGUACUUCACAAUGGUUUCUCUGCACGCAUUCGGACGUUACUUCUCUUUAAUGACCUUCAGAUGAAAAGUGACUGGGUGAUGGGUGAGCUGAAGCCUCCGCUGGGUGCUGCAGAGACAUCAGUCACUAAUUUGUCCUGCGUUACUUACUUCACCAUUUAUAGUACUGUUUCUCUCCGUUGCACUUGGUUUCCUGGCAAAGGGGCACCAGAAAAUACAGAGUACUUUCUAUUUUACAGGUAUAAGACCUACACUGAAGAAUGUCAAGAUUAUAUCAAAGACAAGUGGAACAGGAAUAUUGAGUGCGGAUUUUCAAGGACACAUAUUGAUCCUGAAGAGGUUGAUAAUCUCAUUGUAAUACACAUUAACGGGUCUAGCAAGUACGCUGCAAUCAAACCUUUCCAGCAGUUAUUUAACCAAAAUGCCAUCGAGAAAGUGAAUGUUCCCAGAAAUGUCACUGUAUUCCUAGAGCAAAAUGAUCUCAUAUUGAAAGUAUCAUCAAAUGACUUCAGACUGAGAAUUGAUGUUACCUGCAGAUAUUCCAUACAGAUACGAGCUAAUCAUUACAUAUGUUGUGAAAGAGGAUUCUGGAGUGACUGGAGUGAAAUUCGUUAUGUUGGGGGAAACAAACAGAAGAAUUCCAUAGCCUGGAUUCUCGCUCUGCUUUGUGUGUCCUCAUGCUCCAUAGCCCUGCUUGUUGCAAUAAUAUGCAAAAUAAACCACGUAUGGAGUAAACUGUUUCCACCAAUUCCAACACCCAGGAACAAAUUUAAAGAUGCCUUCCCAAAUGACUAUGAGAGAGCACGUACCUGCACCAGCGACACGGAGACAGAGCUGGGGAGUUUUGCUGAGGAUCUCCACUGCAGCGCCCUCGGACACGCGGGAACCGCUGCCACCAGGCACCUCACGUAA